AUGAAAUCAGCAGGCAUGCUGCCUGAUAAGUUUUGUAGAUCUGGUCGCCCAAGAAAGAUGAAGCCAGAGAAACUCAGAGUUGUCCUGGAAGAGCGCAAUCCUGUUCUGUCCGACGAUGAGGGUAGUUCAGAUUCAGGAGGGCCAGACACAGACCUGCAGAUUCCUGCUGAGAGCAUCGAGUCCGAUGAGGAGUUGCGGAUGCACCUUCUCGGUGCCAACUCCUUCUUCACGCAGGCAGUCGAGAGCAACUUCUGCCAAUCAGUGCAAUCCCUUCCUACAAGAUGGUUGCCUCCAGGCAACAUACGCAUGCUGUUCCAUCAGUGGGGCAGAGAAGGGGUGUCGUGCUUCAACUGCAAUGCGUAA